GCGCGGAGCGCCGCCGCCGCCGCCGCCGCCUCCGCCGGAGCGCGGGUGGAGGGGGGCGGGGAGAGCUGCCGGCCGCCCCGCUCCGCCGAGCCCAGCAGGAAGGAGGGCGCGAGCGGGCGAGCGCGGGCGGCGCGAGCGGAAAAAGCGCCCGCGCGGGGAAGCGAAAAGAAGGAAAGAAAGAAAGAAAACGGGCGCGAGAGGAGGGAAAAGCCAGCGAUCGAGCGAGGGCGCGCGCGAAAACUCCCGGCAGGUGUGCUAAUGACAUUGUGAUUAUAUAGGAGAAUGCCCUUAUUCCUGGGGGACAGCAGCUGAAGCGUUUAGAGAGAGAGAGACAAAAGGGCAGAGAGAGAGAGAAUCCCAAGCAGGCUCCGCUUUGUCAGCACAAAGCCCAACGGGGCGUUCAAUCUCAUGAACCACGAGAUCAUGACCUGAAGUGAAAUCAAGAGUCCGAUGCUUAUCUGACUGAGCCACCCAGCACUUUCAUUUGGACCCUUGGAUGCCCACUGAACAGAUGCUUGAGACCUGCAAGUAAUUUUCAGACCAUAGCGGAACCAUAAGGCCUGUCCUUUGCGUGGGGAGAAGACAGCCCAUGUUCUGUGGAAAUGAACGGGGAGCAGCAGCUUGAUGCAGAUGCUGGAUCUGGUGUGGAAGAAGUGGAGUUAAGCUGGGAAGAUUACCUAGAAGAGACAGGGUCUGCUGCAGUACCCUACGGAUCUUUUAAACAUGUGGACACACGCUUGCAAAAUGGCUUUGCUCCUGGGAUGAAGCUGGAGGUGGCUGUGAAAACAGACCCUGAAACCUACUGGGUUGCCACCAUCAUCACCACCUGUGAGCAGUUGCUGCUGCUCCGCUACGAUGGCUAUGGCGAGGACCGGAGGGCGGACUUCUGGUGUGACAUCAGGAAGGCCGGCCUCUACCCCAUUGGGUGGUGUAAGCAGAACAAGAAGACCCUUGAAGCCCCGGAAGGCAUCAGAGACAAAGUGUCUGAUUGGGAUGAGUUUCUGCGGCAGACCCUGGUGGGAGCGUGUAGCCCUCCUGUUCCCCUGCUAGAGGGCCUCCGUAACGGGAGGAACCCUUUAGAUCUCAUUGCCCCGGGCUCCAGGCUAGAGUGUCAAGCUUUCCGGGACUUGUUGAGCACUUGGAUCGUUACGGUAGUAGAGAACAUCGGAGGAAGGCUGAAGCUGCGCUAUGAAGGACUGGAAAGUUCUGACAGUUUUGACUUUUGGUUGUAUUACUUGGAUCCAUUUCUUCAUCACGUUGGUUGGGCUGCUCAACAGGGAUAUGAGCUUCAGCCCCCAUUAGCCAUCCAGCAUCUAAAGAAUGAAGCUGAGUGGCAGGAGAUCCUGGCCAAAGUGAAAGAGGAGGAGGAAGAGCCAUUGCCAUCGUACUUAUUUAAGGACAAACAAGUGAUUAGCACUCAUUCAUUCUCUGUAAAUAUGAAAUUGGAAGCUGUGGACCCCUGGUCUCCUUUUGGGAUCUCUCCUGCUACGGUUGUUAAGGUUUUUGAUGAGAAGUACUUCCUGGUAGAAAUGGAUGAUUUGCGACCAGAGAGUCACGCACGGCGAUGUUUUGUGUGUCAUGCUGACAGUCCCGGUCUUUUCCCCGUGCAGUGGAGUCUGAAGAAUGGUUUACACAUCAGCCCCCCUCCCGGCUACCCGGGCCAGGACUUUGAUUGGGCUGACUACCUCAAACAGUGUGGUGCCGAAGCUGCUCCCCAGAGGUGCUUCCCCCCGUCAAUUACUGAGCAUGAAUUUAAGGAGAAUAUGAAGCUUGAGGCAGUGAACCCUCUUCUCCCCGAAGAAGUGUGCGUUGCCACCAUUACUGCAGUGAGAGGCUCCUACGUAUGGCUCCAGCUGGAGGGUUCUCAGAAGCCCAUACCUGAAUGUAUUGUGAGUGUGGAAUCCAUGGAUAUAUUUCCUUUGGGCUGGUGUGAAACCAAUGGCCAUCCCCUCAGCGCCCCUCGCCGAGCACGAGUCCAGAAACAGAGGAAAAUUGCAGUGGUUCAACCAGAAAAACAACUCAGAAUACCAUCCUCCAGGACUGUCCAUGAGGGCCUGAAGAAUCAGGAGCUGAACUCCACAGACUCAGUUAUGAUCAAUGGAAAAUACUGCUGUCCAAAGAUAUACUUCAACCACCGUUGCUUCUCAGGGCCAUAUCUGAACAAAGGAAGAAUCGCUGAGCUGCCUCAAUGUGUAGGACCUGGGAACUGUGUUCUAGUCCUCAGAGAGGUCCUCACCUUACUUAUCAAUGCAGCCUAUAAACCCAGUCGUGUCCUUCGGGAGCUGCAGCUAGACAAAGACUCUGUGUGGCAUGGAUGUGGGGAGGUCCUAAAAGCCAAAUACAAAGGAAAGAGUUACCGGGCUACUGUUGAGGUAGUGAAGACAGCGGACCGGGUGACCGAGUUCUGCCGGCAAACCUGCAUCAAACUGGAGUGCUGUCCUAAUCUCUUCGGCCCACGGAUGGUUCUGGACAAGUGUUCUGAGAACUGCUCUGUGCUUACAAAGACCAAAUAUACACACUAUUAUGGAAAGAAGAAAAAUAAAAGAAUCGGAAGGCCACCUGGUGGGCAUAGUAACUUAGCAUGUGCCCUGAAAAAAGCCAGUAAGAGAAGGAAGAGACGGAAAAAUGUUUUUGUCCAUAAGAAGAAACGCUCCUCUGCAUCUGUUGAUAACACCCCAGCGGGCUCGCCCCAGGGAAGUGGAGGUGAAGAUGAGGAUGAUCCAGAUGAAGGAGAUGAUGAUUCCCUAAGUGAGGGCAGUACAUCUGAGCAACAGGACGAGCUACAGGAAGAGUCAGAAACGUCCGAAAAAAAGUCAUGCUCUUCCUCUCCCACCCAAAGUGAGAUAUCUACAUCACUGCCUCCAGACAGACAACGGAGAAAAAGGGAGCUUCGCACUUUUUCAUUUUCUGAUGAUGAGAAUAAACCUCCUUCACCAAAGGAAAUAAGGAUUGAAGUUGCUGAAAGGCUUCAUCUGGACAGUAACCCCCUGAAGUGGAGUGUGGCAGAUGUUGUUCGGUUCAUCAGAUCCACCGACUGUGCUCCAUUAGCAAGAAUAUUUCUAGACCAGGAAAUUGAUGGGCAGGCCCUAUUGCUCCUUACCCUUCCCACUGUUCAAGAAUGCAUGGACUUAAAAUUGGGCCCUGCCAUCAAACUCUGCCAUCACAUAGAGAGGAUCAAGUUUGCUUUCUAUGAGCAGUUUGCCAACUGAGAAGGACAACCAAAGUGAGCUGUGUCUUUGAAGCACAAAUGCAGCGAAUCCUUCUCCCCACUCUACAAGUGGCGCUGACACGGUCCUGGGGCUCCGGGCCCUGCAGAUGUCGGCUUGCUCUCUUUGCACUUUCAGGGAAGGAGGACCCACACUGAGGAAGCAAACACUGCACAGAAGUGGCUCUCCUGCCAGUGGAAAUGUGGGCAUCUGUUGGUCAGCAGAUUGCAGUUUUAAAAAAAAUAAAGGUUGUGAAGAAAAGACUCCUGUAAGAAGAAUAAGCAUUUCCAGUGGUGUGGCCUGAAAACAAAGAAUAAUCUAGGCUGCUGGAAAGCAUCCUUAUGGUUGUUUUCUUUUUGUUCUGUUCCUUCCCAUUGUAGAGUGAACUUUGUUCUCUGCUUUCCCUUUCUUGGAAAGAGAGGACAUAGCUUUAAGUCAGCACUGAUUUGGGACUGUGCCUAAGGCACAUCAGUGCUUCAUUGUCAUUGUGUUUUUAAGCUUUUUUAAAUUAAAACAGUUCAUUUUGGGGAUGA